UCUGAAGCCUAAUUAAAAGACAAUUAAUUCGAAAGAGCAUGUCCAAAUUCCAGGCCGGUUUUUAAGUCUUGUUCGUCGAGCAAUAGGAGGACAUAAUCGGCGGGGUUAGCUUUUGCCACCAAUUUCUCUUGUUUUGCUGUGAUUCCUACUCCGGUAAUUCAACUUCUUCAUCACGAAAUUCAGAAGACUAUAAAGAGUUGAAGAUAUGGAUGGUGAAAUCGACCAUUAUGUUGUUUUGGGCUUGCCAUCUGGUGAAGAAGGUGCCAAGCUUUCGGAGAAAGAAAUUACAAAAGCUUACAGACUGAAGGCCUUGGAAUUGCACCCAGAUAAGAGACCUGAUGACCCUAAUGCGCAUGACAAUUUUCAAAAGCUUACGACAUCAUAUGCGAUCCUAAAGGAUGAAAAAGCUAGAAAGUUGUUUGAUGAUCUGCUUCGGGUGAAACGAGAAAAGUUUCAACGCCAGUCACAACAGGACUCCAAGCGCCGGAAGAUGAUGUCAGAUCUCGAAGAAAGAGAGCGAUAUGCUUUUGCUCCUGACCCCAGCUCGAGAGCUCGAGAAGAGGAAGAGAGAAUUGCUAGGAAGCUUAAGGAAGAGAUUGCUAGAAUUCGUACAAUGCAUAGUAACAAAGGAUCUGCUACUACAACUCCUUCAACGAAAGAUACCAAUGCAAGGGGAAAAAGUAAUAUGGAUGAUGGUGGUAGCGGGUUAAACAAGGAAAAGGUUCUUAAGGUUUCAUGGGAGAAGACCGGCGAAGACUAUACAGCUCAAAGACUCAGGGAAAUUUUUGCGGAGUUUGGUGUGGUGGAAGAUGUAGUCAUCAAGAGUUCCAAGAAGAAAGGGUCUGCCCUUGUUGUAAUGGGGUCUAAAGAUGCAGCUGAUGCUGCUACUGGGAAUGUCUUGGGGGAUCUCUCAAAUCCUCUUCUAGUGUUGCCUCUUCAACCAGCUUCGUCACCAGUUAACUUUGGUGUAGAGGCUAAUACAGAAUCCGAUGUUCCGAAACUGAGUAAUCUUGUUGGUGCUGGAUAUCAGGCUUUUGAAGAAUCAGUACUGGACAAGUUGAAAAAGGCUGCGCAGAGGCAAAAGUAAUGUGUUAAAGAAGAAGUAUCUUUUCGAUUUUGAAGAAGAGUCUGUUACUCCUCUUUCUAAUAAAACAUUUAACCUCACUAUAAAGGGAUAUUGGUUUCGGCAUGUGAUUGCAAUUCUAUGAGACGGGACGACCUCGUGAUUUCUAUCGUACAUCAACAAAGUGCCUCAACUUCUUGUGAAGAUAAAGCAGGUUGCAUGUAGUUCCUGUUAAACGCACCUGUUCACCUUAUGAACCGUUCUUGUUGCUGUGGUGUCUGUGGAUUAAAGAAAAAUAUGCAAAUUUUAUAGCUGUAACUGUUAUAGUUAACUUAUUUUUAUUUAAAUUUGGUUGUAAAAUGCUAGCUUUUAGCCAUGCAUGGACAGUAACAGUAGUUGGGUUUACAGAUCACA